UUUCUUUGGUAGGAGUCUUGCAAGACUGGGUGUUCCAGCUCUGAUGUCACAUGUGCCUGGUGCUCCAUAAAAAAGCAGCUCUCACUCACAUAGAGAAAAGACAACCGCCCUUCAACAUGCUAGAAGCACAUAUGAGUGGAACAGCCCGGCAUCCCAUGGAAGCCACGGCUCUUGGGGUUCUACAGCAUGGACGUCUCAAGCAUAAUAUGUUCUCCAUCUUGUGGUCGGACCACAAUGAGAUCUUAAUUUACCGAUCACAUGAAGAUUUCAAGAAGCUGAAUAGAGAACUCAAAAAGAAGUUCCCCCUUGAAUCUGGAUUAUUCCGGAAGUCCGAUAGUGCUCUUCCAAAACUAAAAGAUGUCCCGAUCUUCAGAAAAAACAGGAGCACGAAUCGUUUCAUUGAUAGACUUCGGCUCCUGGAGAAAUAUUCCCAGGAACUUCUGAGAACGGACGGGAAAAUCUCUCAAGGCAACUUGGUCAUGAAGUUUUUCACUCCUACGACUAAAGAUCUAAAUCCAGAUUUCCCAGAAAACAGCGUAGUGAUUAUGACCUCCGAUGCCAAAGAUCAGAAAGAACAACAGAAGCAGUUGCCUAAAGCCCCAGCCAUACAUCCCAUUGUAUCCCAGCAGUACAUAUGCAUGGAAGACUACGAGACCAAAGACACAAAGAAUCGUCCUUUCAAAGUGAAGCGCCAUGAGCUUUUAGGGGUCUUAAUCAAGGAGAACUCAGGCUGGUGGCUGGUGGAGAAUGAAGAGAAACACUUGGCUUGGUUUCCAGCACCAUAUCUCAAAGACCUUGAUAACAAUGAGGACACAGACUCAGGAGCAGCUUCAGAAGAUGAAGGAAUCCUUUAUUAUGCAGCUAGAGCUUAUGGAAGUAUGAACUCUGAUGAGGUUUCUAUAACUGUCGGUGUCCUUGUGGAGGUCAUAGAGAAGUCAAACAAUGGCUGGUGGUUGGUCAGAUAUAAUGGAAAAGCUGGGUACGUCCCAUCCAUGUAUCUCAAGCCGUAUCGCAGUUACCAGCAGCUAGAAAUCAUGACCAGCCAAGGAAGAUUUACGUCCACUCCAAACUUGUUCAAGGCAGCCAGCAAUCUUUCCUUGAAUAGGGUUACACAGGACAGAAAUCCACAAGAGUCAUCAGGCACAUCAGGCAGCAAUGGAGGCCCGGCAACAAGAACCCCACUAAUACUGGAUAGAAGAAAAUCUCGGUCUCUCUAUGGGCUUCCAUCAAGCAUGCAGACAGCAUCCCCAUCUCUUGCCAAUGGAUUAGGAAAUGCAUCAAAGGGUCUCGGAGGGGGAAGCUCCCAAGCAUCAAAGGGUCUCGGAGGGGGAAGCUCCCAAACACUCAGCACAGACAGGAAGGACAAACCAAAGCAGAACUCCAUAGAGCUUGAUUUCAAGGACCUGCAAGCCCAACAACAACAAAACAGCCCACCUUCUUACUAUGCUAUAACCACAUCAGAGCCACCCGCUACCAGUUAUACAUCACAUCCUCCAUUAAUGCCCCAGCGUCCAAAGCCUCACGAGAUACUCCAAAGAUGCACCACUGUGACAAAAAAAGCCCUACAGAAAACUAGUGGACUCACAGAUAACUCUGUUCCAUCCAAGUAG